AUGCCGGAAGCACAUGGGUUCAAGGUGACUUUAAUAUCGGCAGAUGGGAAAGAUUAUGUCGAGUUUGGCAAUCAGAGCAUCGGCACACCGUCACGAGCCCGAGUCAUUAGCAGCAAAGUUUUGGCUAAGGAUGGAGAGCAAUUCCAUAUCAAGAUCGAUUUCGGCUCUGCCUACGACCAUCUCGUGGGUACUCCUCACAAGAAGCAUCGCUAUGACCUGCGCUCCUCAUUCCGGAACCCUCUCAACCGUGUUGAUGAAGCAGUCGCCAAGCCAAGCGAACAGUCCACGGAGAAGCUUCCCUUCACUUUCGGAGCCUUGAUCUACAUUAGUGGUCAAAAGAAAGCCGAUUACGCGCAACUUCUCAAUCCUAGCCAGCAGAAUGUCGUUGUAAAAGGCCGCCAUUCUAUUGAAAGAGUAGGGGAGAGCUCAUCCAAUGUUGUGGUCAAACCGUGGAUGUUUACAGAAAGAGGCAUUGAAGCUAUGUUAUCAGACUUGGACCUCUCCCUCGGCAGUCAACAUUCGGACAAGUCCACUGAUUGCGAAGUCGAUGAGAUCACCGAUGCUUUGAAGAAUGCAACAAACACAAAGCACACCACCCCAGGGGGUCAGAUAGUGGUACUGAUUCGGCGUUGCGUCGUGUUGGGCGAGUCACAAUACGCAGGUGGUUGGCACAGAGCGGGAGAGAAUGAAGAUAUUGCUCGACCAAACGAUAAUGCUCCUUCUAUCACUACCAGUAAGAGCUCGACACGAUUCAAGAAAGUCAAAUUCAUGAACUACAAGAUCUACGAUCAGGAUGACGACUUUUAUGCGAAAUUUGUCAUUCAGGCCCUGGAUCUCCCCAAGCUGGUGAAUCUCAACCUAGCUACGCCUAACGGUGAGCCCAUCACACAACGAGUACAGACGGGAGGAGGAUUUCUUAACAGUGCCUUGAGCACCAGUCCCCUGAAGCGUACCAAGAUGGUUAGUGAUGACGGCUCCGAGUCCGAACACGAAGAAAGCACAAACGCAGCCGGCGAUUUCAGCCGCGAGGAAGAAGGUUCUUCUAGUGACGAAGAAUCUCAUUCUCGUAAACGCCGCAAAGCUCUUGUCGGUACACCAUCGAGGCAACGAAGUCCAACCGCGGCAAACCUAUCGGAGACAACUGGAGGUAAUGACAGUACCCAGGACGAAUGA